AUGAAUAACCCCAGGAAAGCUCCCCGAAUCUGCGGCAGCAAAACGCAAUCCCCUCCUAAAUUACGGGUGGUAAUCUACCGCGCACCGGAACCUAGGUUGUCAUUUCUCGCAUCCGACGAGGGAAGACAAGCAUUUGACUUCUUCCUUCAUCAAACGAGGUAUCGCUUUCCAGCGGACUUCUCGGAUCCAGUACUACGAUCUACGAACAACGAUGAAGCGCUUGCGCGCACGGUGGUCGCAUGUGGGGCUCUGCAGCAGAUCUAUGAGCAUGACGAUGACCCUUUUCUUUUGAGUCCGCUGGGUCAGUUCGCUAUGCGGGAGUAUGGACGGGCACUAACGAAUGUGAGGAUUCGGCUUGCAAGUGAUGGGAGGGAUCUGACUCUGGUUUGCUGUUUACUUUUUGCCUGCUUUGAGUGUAUGAGGGGCUGUCCAAGGGCGGCGGUUGUUCAUAUUAAAUCCGGAUUGGAUAUACUGCUCCGGUGUGGAGAGGAGCUGAUGUGGAAUAUCGUAUCGCGAGAAACGAUGGUAUAUCUGUUCAUGAGAUUGGACAACCAGUUGGUCGGGUUGUUAGGUACAUCGCUGUCUCGGACGUUGAGGCGGGAUGGUGACCGAGGCUCGUCUAUCUCGGCGAGGAUUAACCUCGCAUCUAGUCGCAACGAUGCGGAGCGUUCCUUGGAUGGUGUCCUGAAUUCUAUCUUCCAUGACCGGCUAGAUAUGGCGCUUACUAUGCAGAAUCGACCGGGCUCUGCCCUUCCCCUUGACCCGGGACAGACAUCGAGGUAUUUGAAUGAGUGGCACGCUAGAUUUGAUACUGGCCUCACGCGUAUUUGGUAUCUCAUUGCAAAGAUGUAUGUUGCUAUCCCACCAGGCUCUCCAGAGAAUGUGUGGGAUCAGUUUCAAGAGGAAUUCGAGACCGUUAUUUCGCUUGCGGAGAAUUACCUAUUGCGCACAAGGCAAUUUUCUCAAAAGCGGACGUUUUCUUUCAAUCUUGGCAUUGUCUCCCCGUUGUAUAUUGUGGGCGUGCGCUGUCGAGAGAUGAGAAUUCGUCGUAGGGCGAUCUGGCUCCUAGAGAGCUGCGAAAGACGGGAGGUAUUAUGGGAUUCUACGCUGAGUGCAAUGACAGCUAGGCGUGUCAUGGAGUUUGAGGAGUCUCUUAAUACUGGGCUGGAGUUAUUUGGACGGAAAGUUAGGAAUGUGACCGCUGUUUUAGACGAUGAUAAUGGGGUCCGUGUGGAGUUUGAAUAA